UUGUGUGAAGCUAGAAAAUUUGAUUGAACUUUUUGGUGUUCAUCUGAGUCAUCGCGAUUGUCAAUGUAGUGGAAUUCUUAUCUUCAUUGAAUUUUCACAUUCAAAAUGCUUUGCGUAAAGUUUGUUGCUUUAGUUCUGUUGAUAUCAUUUCUUCACGUGUUGGAAAUUAAUACAUUUGAAGUUGAAGAAUGUCCCGAUGCUUGUCAUUGCACAAUGGAUGGGCUUUUAAUGCUUGUUGACUGCUCAGGCUUAGAAUUAACAGAUCUACCGGAAUUUCCUGAUAAUCAGAUUCACAUUCUUGAUUUAUCAAACAAUCAUUUUAAGAAUGUUCCACCACAAUUGAGAACAUUUGAAUAUCUUCAAUACUUAGAUUUAUCACAGAAUCAUAUCAGGAAACUUCCGUCAGAUUCCUUGAGUGGAAUGCUUGGACUUCGAUUGCUUAAUCUUUCCAAAAAUAAUAUCAGCAAUUGGAUGGCAAUAAAUCCGAGAACAUUACUUGAACCAGCACUAAGCCUAACUGAGCUUAGCUUAGCCGAAAAUCCUAUUACGAGUUUUUCAACAAACGACGAUAAUCUUUUGCUUGUGAGUAAUUCGCUUCAGUUGCUCGAUUUAAGUCGCUGCAAGAUAUCAAAAGUCACAGGUGAACAAAUUCUUCAAGGCAUGAAGAAAUUAAAGCAUUUGAACCUCGCUGGAAAUCAUAUUAGAAGUGUUUCAAGUUUAAUAUCUGAUAGCUUGCUAACGCUUGAUUUAAGUCAUAAUCGUUUGACGAAUUUGUUGCCGAACAUGCUUGAAAAUCUUCCUUCUUUAACUUACAUCGAUUUGUCAAGAAAUCAUCGAAUUUCACUUCAAAACAAACAAGGAGAGUUUGUGUCAUCCAUUUCACUCAAACGAAUCGACUUAUCGCAUUGCAAUAUGGAUGACAUUGAGCUUGAAGGGUUUCCAGACUUAACAACGGCAAUUUUGCGUGGAAAUAUGAUACGAGAACUUUCCAGAGACAGUUUCAUUAGUACCAAGAUGAUUGAGAACAUUGAUUUAGCUGAAAAUGCAAUCAACACGAUAGAUUCAAAUACUUUCAGAAAGCUCAAACAUUUAAAGACAUUAAAUCUUUCUUUUAAUUUGAUUCCAAGAAUUGAACGCGAUACUUUCAAGGAAAACGAACUUUUAACAAAGUUAGACUUAAGUCGAAAUACAAUCAGUCGAUUUAAUAGAAUAACUGCAUCAAGUCUGACACAUCUGAACUUAACUUAUUGUCAAAUUAUGACAAUUGACUCCGAUCUACUUUUUGGAACACCAGAGCUGGUUAAUCUUGACUUAUCUCACAACUUGAUCAACGAUAUUCCUGAUACACUUUCUUCAGAUAAUCUUCAGGUGCUUGAUUUGUCAAUGAAUCGAAUGACAAACAUUCGAAAUCAAACUUUUGCUGGCCUUCCUGACCUUUCGAUAAUAAAUCUUUCGGGAAAUCGAUUCACAACGCCAUUCAGAACAGAAUUCUUUUCUGAGAAUUUAUAUCUCACUGAAAUACAUUUGGGAGAUAAUCCUUGGUUCUGCAAUUGCGUAGAAAUGCAUUCAUUUUACAUUUUCUUGACAUCAGCACCUGCAAAACUGUGGGAAAAACAAACACUUCGAUGUCAAAGUCCAGAAGACGUUGCUGGAAGCAGUUGGGAAAGUGCAUGUUAUUAUGAUUGGUAUCCUCCAUCGCGAAUGGGAACAACAGAAAAAGUUUGGACAUUCUUUAUGGUAACAGUAAUAGCUUUCUCGGGUUGCAUGUGUUUAAUUAUGACUAUAAAACGUGGAAUCGAAGGAAGAGAACAAACAGCACGUGAACAAGAACGAGAAAGAAACAUUGAAGAAGGAAGAGAAAUCUCCCGUCAAAAUCGUGUAAGAAUGGAACAACAAGCACAGCGAGAUGCUCCUGAUCCUAGAGAAUCCCGACCACCAUGCUAUGCUGAUGCAAUUUUAAUGCCACGUCCAGAUGGAAGUUUUGCGUCAUUAAAUGAACUUGGAAAUGGAAGAAUUAAGGCGAAACGACAUAGAAGGAAGUCGGAAAAUGAAGAUGAAAAUGACGAAUAUCAAGAAGACGUCCCAUUACGAAGAAAUCGUUGUCGAAGUGAAGAAGUUAUUUCUAUGAGAGAAACUGUUCGACCAUCGAGACUUUUUCCAAGAAUUCACCCACAAGAAAUUGAACCAAUUAGUCGAAGUGAAGACGAACAAGAAUCACCGGACUCAGUUCAUUAUCAUUCGACUGAUAUUUUAACACUUGACCAUUCACCAGGACCUUCAAGCAGAGCUCGUUCACCUCAAAUAUCGUUGCAACCUGAAACUACCAAUACUAUUGACAAUCAAAAUGAUAAUACCGAAGGUAGUGGAAGUCCAUAUGCUAGACGAAAAUUGAAACACAUGGAAAGCUUCAAAGGCAAUAAUAAACAACAACUGAAAAUAGUCACAAAAUCGCUUACACCUCCCCAGGAUGGAAUUCAAAUUUAUGAAGAUCAUUUUCAACCAAUUCGUUCUGAAAAGCGAAACAGCACAACUGACAGUGAAGAUAGUUCCGAAUUUAUAACAAUUAAACCUGGAAUGCAAACCGAUUCGAAUUCUUCAGUUGAUGAAGAUGAUUUAGUUGUGAUAAAAAGACCAACAAGCUUUUGAAUGAUGAUAUAUUGUAUGAAAUAAUGUUA